UUACGUUGAAGCCUCUCGCUUCCCUUCGUCCUGCCUCCUCCUCUGAGCUAACUCCUGUUAGCUGCAGCCAUGUGAAGCUAGUUUAGCCCAGAGCUGACCUUCCCGGAGAGACAAGACAGAAAAUGUGACUCCUUUACUGCAUUUUUUAAAUCAUAGCUAGAUAUUUUUAUUGUGUUGGAAAUGUCAGCGUUGAGCCUCGCUGCCUUACGAACCUCUUGUGGUGUUUCAACGAAAAUUAUUCGGUCUGCAUGUAGACUGUUAUCAAAUGAUGGACAUACAAUAACAAACGUGGAGAAGAAGUUUCACAGGAGAAGCUGCUGCCUUCAAACCUACAUCCUAAAUGUAACACGUCUGUACAGCUCACAACCACAUAACCCGAAGGUACCAAAGAUGCCAACAUGGGAACCAGUACCAGACAACCAGCUUCCACAGCCUGCCCAAAUCCCUGCAGACCUGGUGGACAAACUAGAGCGACUGGCCUUAGUUGACUUCCGUACUAAACAGGGUCUGGAGUGUUUGGAGAAAGCCAUACGGUUUGCAGAUCAGCUCCAUGUUGUUGACACUUCAGGGGUCGAACCAAUGGAUUCAGUUCUGGAGGACAGGGCUUUAUACCUGAGGGACGAUGCAGUGACAGAAGGUGACUGUGCUGAAGAGCUGCUUCAGCUCUCAGAAAAAACUGUUGAAGAAUAUUUUGUGGCACCACCAGGAAACAUUCCUCUACCUAAGAGGGAGGAGAGAGCCGCCAUGCUGAAACACUCAGAGUUAUGAUGUUAAUAAAGUUGUCCUUCAUA